AUGAAGCUCAAGCGGCGACGCGCGGUAGAAGUGCCUCCAAAUAUAAAAUCUUUCAUCAACAGUAUUACCACCGUUCCUCUUGAGAAUGUAGAAUUGCCGCUGAAGAAUUUUGCAUGGGAAUUCGACAAGGGGGAUUUCCAUCACUGGGUGGACCUUUUCAAUCACUUUGAUUCUUUCUUUGAGAGUUAUAUCAAAUCAAGGAAAGAUUUGCAUCUUGAAGAUAAUUUUCUUGAUGUGGAUCCCCCAUUUCCUCGAGAAGCAGUCCUUCAAAUUCUCCGAGUAUCAAAACUAAUAUUGGAAAAUUGUACAAAUAGACACUUCUAUAUUUUUUUUGAGCAGCAUCUGUCUGCCCUUUUAGCAUCUACAGAUGCAGAUAUUAUUGAAGCAAGCUUGCAGACAUUAAUGGCUUUUGUGGACAAGUCAGUUGGGAAAAGCUCAAUACGCAGUGCGUCUCUCGCUUCAAAGUUAUUUGCCUUCUCUCAAGGUUGGGGUGGAAAAGAAGGUGGCCUUGGAUUAAUAGCAUGUUCUCUGCCCAGUGUAUCUGAUCCAGUUUCCACUGAGGUUGGCUCCACUCUCCAUUUUGAGUUCUAUCGUGCUGCUGAUAAAUCAGAAAAAUCCCAGUGUCUAGAGAAUGAGAACAGGUUGGAAGUAAUUCAUUUAUCAAAUGUCAAUACUUGCAAGGAGACAGAUCUUGAAAUACUAGACAGAUUAAUCAAGGAUUACAGUGUGCCACAAGCUUUAAGGUUCCCUCUUCUUACAAGACUGAGAUUUGCAAGGGCAUUUGACACUUUAACAUGUCGACACCAGUAUAUCUGUAUCUGCCUGUAUGCCUUUAUUGUUCUUGUCCAAGCAGGCCAUGAUUCGGAAGGUCUAUCAACAUUUUUGAGCAACGAACCAGAGUUCAUUGAUGAGCUGUUAUCACUGCUUAGCUACGAGGAUGAGAUACCAGAAAAAAUUAGGAUACUGGGAAUCCUUUCAUUAGUUGCACUGUGCCAAGAUCGAUCUCACCAGCCUACUGUAUUGUCCUUAGUAACUUCUGGUGGUCAUCGUGGUAUCCUUCCUAGUCUCAUGCAGAAGGCAGUGGACUCUAUCAUCAAUGGUUCUAUGAAAUGGUCCAUAAUAUUUGCCGAAUCACUUCUCUCGCUUGUAUCAAUGCUGGUAUCAUCAACACCAGGUUCUCUAGCUUUACAAGAAGCAGGCUUUAUACCCACUAUUUUGCCUCUUCUCAAAGACACAAACACACAGCAUUUACAUCUAGUUAGUACAGCACUGCAUGUCAUUGAGAGCUUCCUGGAUUAUCACAAUCCUUCUUCAGCAUUGUUCAGAGAUCUAGGUGGACUAGAUGACACUAUUGCUCGUCUUAAGAUAGAAGUAUCUCAAGUUGAGGUUGUUUCAAAAAAAUUUGAACAGUCUCAUUCGAACAAUAAAGGAAAAGAGGUUGAAAGCUGUCCACCUGUGCAAGAUAUACAGCCUUCAUGUUCUGAAUCCUUGAUUUUGUAUCAUAGGAAGAACUUAAUGAAAGUUUUACUACGUACAAUAUCUCUGGCAACAUAUGUGCCCGGUAGUUCUGCUCGUGUUGAUGGUUCAGAAGAGAAUGUGUUACCCCCAUGUUUAUGUAAGAUUUUUAAGAGAGGCAAGGACUUUGGUGGUGGUGUUUUCUCACUUGCUGCAAGUGUUAUGAGUGAUCUCAUACAUAAAGAUCCAACAUGCUAUACUGUUCUUGAUGCAGCUGGUUUGCCACAAGCAUUUCUUGAUGCCAUAAUGGGUGGUGUACUUUAUAACUCUGAUGCAGUCUCAUGUAUACCACAGUGUUUGGAUGCAUUGUGCCUGAACAAUAAUGGUCUUCAAUUGGUAAAGGACCGCAAUGCUUUAAGAUGUUUUGUGAAAAUCUUUACCUCUAGAUUAUAUCUGAAAGCUCUUAGUGGUGACACAACGGGGGCCUUAUCAAGUGGACUUGAUGAAUUAAUGCGUCAUGCAUCAUCAUUACGAUCCUCUGGAGUUAGCAUGUUUAUUGAAAUCUUGAACACUAUUUCUAAAGUAGGGUGUGGUGGAGACUCUAUUUCCUGUAAGGAAUCUGAUAAUUCCUCUGCAGCUGUUCCCAUGGAUACUGAUGUGGAGGUAGCUACAACACAGAGUGAGGGUGUACCUCCUGAGGUAGGAUGCUCAGUCAAAACAGUUGAUGCUCCUCUAGAUGCUUUGACAUCAUCAUCCAUUGAGUUAUUUCUUCCUGAGUGCAUAUGCAAUGUUGCUCGUCUCCUUGAAACUGUUCUGCAAAAUACUGAUACAUGUAGGCUAUUUAUUGAGAAAAAAGGCAUUGAAGCUGUACUUCAACUCUUUAAGUUGCCAUCAAUACCUGUAUUUGUUUCAAUUGGUCAGAGUAUUUCUGUUGCAUUCAAUAACUUCUCACCUCAGCAUUCUGUUUCUCUUGCACGAGCAGUGUGCUCAUUCUUUAGAGACCACCUUAAAAUGACCAAUGAAUUGUUGGGUUCGAUCUCUGGAACUAAGCUGGUUGAUAGCGAACCUACAAAGCAAUCAGCUCUUCUGAAGUCACUUUCUACCCUUGAAGGGCUUUUGUCUCUUGCAAAUUUUCUCCUGAAGGGAACUACCAUUAUGGUCUCAGAACUGGCUUUUGCUGAUGCUGAGAUAUUGAAGGAAUUGGGGAAGGUUUAUAUUGAAGUCACAUGGCAGAUAUCUUUACUCAGUGAUUCUAAGGUGGAUAAGCAAGAGGCAGAUCAAGAUGAUUUGGCUGGGGAUGCUUCAAUUUCUGAAAGGGAUAGUGAUGAUGACACAAAUACAGCACCAUUUUCAAGAUAUACGAAUCCUGUUUCAGCAAGGGCUUCUUUAUCACCCUGGAGCAUGGAGCAAGAUUUUGUUUCAACUGUGCGAUCCGCUGCCAAUAUGCACCGCCAUGGUCGACACUCAUUAUCCAGGAUAAGUGGGCGCCUAAAUGGAGCGUUGGAUGCAACAAAUACUGAUUUGGAUGGUCCUUGUUUUCCAGCAGAGACAUCAAGGAGUCAUGAUGCUCUAAAGAAAAGCCCUGAUGUUGUUGUUUCUGAACUUCUGACGAAAUUUGGCUAUACCAUGCGUUCCUUCCUUUCUAGCCUUGUCAAAGGAUCAGCGGCUCGGCGUCGGGCUGACUCUAACCUUAACCCAGCUUCGAGAAGUCUGGUGACUGCACUAGCGCAAAUUUUCCUUAGUGCUCUUGGUUUCUCUGGACAUUCUACUGCAGGUUUUGAGAUGUCUUUAUCUGUGAAAUGCCGUUACCUUGGAAAGGUUGUGGAAGACAUGGCUGUGCUUACAUUUGACAGCAGACGUCGCUUAUGCAAUUCUGCACUCGUUAAUAGCUUCUAUGUGAAUGGAACAUUCAAGGAAGUUCUAACGACCUUUGAAGCCACCAGUCAGCUACUAUGGACACUUCCUUUCUCUGUCUUGGCUGCUGCCUCAGAUCAAGGUUCCUCUGUUAGUGAGAAGGUGUCUCACAAUUCCUGGCUGCUGGAUACAUUACAGAGUUACUGUAAAUUUCUAGAAUAUUGUGUGAACUCUACAUUCUUAUUGUCUCCAUCCUCUUCUCAUAAUCAGCUUCUUGUCCAGCCUAUUGUAACUGAGCUGUCAAUUAAUCUAUUCCCUGUGCCUUCAGAUCCAGAAUCAUUUGCUCGCAUGCUCCAAUCUCAAGUUCUUGAUGCAGUUCUUCCUGUUUGGAAUCAUACAAUGUUUCCUGGGUGCAGCCCAGCUCUUGUUACCUCCCUGGUGUCAAUUAUGAACAAUAUAUGCUCUGUUGUUGGAGAUAUGAAGCAAAGCCGCAGUAGUGUUGGAGUUGCCAACCAGCGUGUUACUAGCCCCCCUCUUGAUGAAUCUGCUAUUGCUACAAUUGUUGAAAUGGGAUUUUCAAGGGCUAGGGCAGAAGAAUCUCUUAGAAGCGUCAGAACUAACAGCGUGGAGAUGGCAACAGAUUGGUUAUUCAGCCAUCCAGAAGAAUUUGUUCAGGAAGAUGUGCAGCUAGCACAAGCGUUAGCUUUGUCACUUGGAAGCUCCAUUGAAACACCCAAGGAGGAUGGGAGCCAUAAGAAUGAUACAGCCAUUGCUGAAGAAAAAAGUGUAUUUGUGCUCCCUUUGGAUGACAUCCUUACUGUAUCAACAAAGCUUUUCCGCUCUAGUGAUUCCACCAUGGCUUUCCCAUUGACUGACCUUCUAGUGACACUAUGCAACCGGAAUAAGGGUGAAUACUGCAAGCGAGUAGUACUGUAUCUUUUUGAGCAACUAAGAUGUUUUUCGUCAGAUACCACGGGUGAUAUGGGCGCUUUGUAUUCUGUUUCUCAUUUGUUGGCUUUGCUUCUGAGUGAAGACUGUGGCAUACGUGAAAUUAGUGCCGAAAAUGGUGUCAUCUCCCAAGUUCUUAACAUGUUAGAAAGUCUUAAAUCAAGGACAGACCAGACAGAUCAGACUUGGAAUUCUAUCAGUGCUCUGUUGCUUAUAUUGGAUAACAUGCUACAAUUUAAUCCAAAACUCUAUAUGGAAACAAUGGAUGGUAUAUCCAAGUCAAUUUCUGAUGCAUCCAGUGCUGACAGUAAGGCAAAUCCAUUACCAACUGCUGAAAAUGGAACUGAAAUUAUUGAUUCAGCAGAUGAUGCAAGUGCUAAUGUCUUUAAAAAGGUUUUGGGGAAAUCUACUGGCUAUUUGAAUGAUCAAGAGAGCCAAAAGGCACUGGUUUUCUGCUGUGAAUUCAUUAAGCUAUGUGUGCCUGCAACAGUUAUGCAAGCUGUGCUUCAGCUCAGUGCUCGCUUGACAAAAACACAUGCUCUUGCUGCCCACUUCUUUGAAAGUGGUGGGUUAGCAUCUCUUUUAAAUCUCCCAGGCACUUGCAUCUUUCCUGGCUUUGAGACCUUAGCAUCUGCCAUUGUGCGCCACCUCAUUGAGGAUCCCAAGACCUUGCAGAGUGCCAUGGAAUUGGAGAUACGACAGUCAUUAAGCUGUAACUUCAGUCUGCCAAUUGGAUUAUACAGGAGGGAGAAUGAAUGUAGUGUUGUUGAAGGACAAGGAGAAAGACAGGGAGAAACAAAAGUUCCUGUAACAGAAAGUGGUGUGCCAUGUAAUGAGCCUGUUCGGUUGAUUGCUGAGGUUAAAUCAGUUGAUACACCAAACAGAUGUUCACGGAACCACAAAAAGGUUCCUGCUAGUCUUUCUCAAGUGAUUGAUCAGCUUCUUGAGAUCAUUAUGAGCUAUCCAUCUGCAAGCAAAGAACAUCGGUUUGAUGGUUACUCCCUGUUGACUCCAAUGGAUGUUGAUGAACCAAAUACGAAGGGCAAAUCUAAAGUUGAUGAUGGCCAAGAGCUGGAUGGUGAUGCCCUCUCUGAGAGAUCUGCCUUGCUGUCAAAGUUUGCAUUUGUCCUUAAGUUGAUGAGUGAAAUACUCCUCAUGUAUGUGCAUGCAGUAGGGAUAAUUCUGAGACGGGAUACAGAGAUAUCACAGUCACGAAGUUGCGAUCAAGUUGCUGGACACAGUGGUUUACUGCAUCAUAUAUUCUAUCUGUUACUUCCUCUACCUUCGGUCAAAAUGGCUGAUGCCUCAGAUGAUUGGAUUGGUAAGUUGUCUGAGAGAGCUUCCUGGUUCUUGGUAGCUUUAUGCUGCAGAUCUGCUGAAGGUCGUAGAAGGGUUGUUUCUGAAAUUGUAAAGGCAUUUAACUAUUUCAUUGGUUCAGCAAGCAACACCUCCAAAGGAUCUUUAAUACCUGACAGAAAAGUUUUGGCUUUCUCUGAGCUUGUGAAUUCCAUAUUGUCGCGGAAUAGUCAGAGCAACUUGCCUGUUCUUGGUUGCUCACCUGAUAUUGCAAAACCUAUGGUAGAUGGUGGAAUGGUGCAAUCUCUUUCUGGUUUGCUGAAAGUAAUUGAUCUUGACCACCCAGAUGCUGCAAGGGUUGUCAACCUGAUAUUGAAGGCUUUGGAUAGCCUCACUAGGACUGCUUAUGCCAGCGAUCAAGUCCUCAAGACAGAUCGAUUUACCAAUAACAGAUUACCAGGGUCACAUGAACAAACACGUGAAGCUGAUGACACUGUAAUCCAUGAACAAACUACAGACGACACACAUGAUCAUACUAAUGACAUCAUCCAAUCUGCAAGUCAGCAAGCUCAAGAACUGUCUCAUGUCGGUGGGAACAAUAAUGAAAACCUUGACCAACCCGCUGAACAAGAAAUGGGAGUUGAUCUAGCCGACAAUAAUACUUCUAAUGGCAAUCCUCCAAUGAGAGCUGUGCAGUUCAUGCGAGAAGAAGCUAUUGAAGGUAAUGUAAUGGCUACUAGUACUGAUGUUGGUUUGGCUUUCUCAGUGCAACAUCAAGUUGAUGAUGAAAUGGGUGUGGAAGAUGAGGAUCUUGGGGAGGAAGGUGAGGAUGAAGAAGAUGAGGAUGAAGAUGAUGAGGAAAUAGCAGAUGAGGGAGCUGGUUUGAUGUCCAUAGCUGACACAGAUAUUGAGGACCAGGAGAACAAUGCAAUUGGUGAUGAAUACAAUGAUGACCUUAUGGAUGAAGAAGAUGAUGACUUUCUUGAGAACCGUGUUGUAGAAGUAAGAUGGAGGGAGAGCUUAACUGGAAUGGAUCAUCAUCUGCGAUUUUCCAGGGGUCGUGCAGACUCCAGUGGUUUUAUUGAUAUAUCUUCUGAGUCAUUUCAUGGUGUGGGGACAGAUGAUUCAUUUAACCUGCAUCGUUCAUUUGGUCUUGAGCGGCGGCGCCAAAGCGGAAGUAGGUCACUUCUUGAUCGACCAAGGACUGAUGGGAAUGCCUUUCUUCAUCCACUGCUUGUCAGGCCAGCACAAUCUAGGGAGGGAACUAGUUUAGCGUGGCCCUCUGGAGGACCCUCCUCAAGAGAUUUUCACACGCUGUCUUUUGGGAAUUCAGACAUCCCCUUAUACAUGUUAGAUGCUGGCUUUCCACCAGAAACUGCUCCCGCCGUGUUUGGUGAACGUGUUGUAAGUACUGCUCCGCCACCUUUGAUAGAUUUCUCACUUGGUUUGGAUUCCCUCCGAAUUAGGCGGGGCCCUGGAGAUAAUUUGUGGACUGAUGAUGGUCAACCACAGGCAGGUAAUCAUGCAGCUGCUGUUGCUCAGGCAGUUGAGGGUCAUUUUGUGUCACAGUUAACUGUGGCUAGUAAUUCAAAUAAUGCUCCUCAGGUGCAGCCUGAACAGACUGGCAAUGCUGUGAAUGCACAAUUAGCGUUACCAGAUACAGGAAAUGCUGAACCUGUAGCAACCGAUCCUCUUUCUCAACCUGUUGGCAGCCAUCAGCCAGUUUGUACUGUUAACCAAGGACUUGCUCCUGCUAAUGAUGUCCUCUGUCCUACAGAUGUGCACGUAAAUCAGCAGCUUGUUGGUUCCAUUUAUGAUAAUCGUGUUGAAGAAGCGGUGCGGCAAACAGCACCUGAUGAUCCUAACGCUAUACCUCAGAGUGAUGAAAUGAUGUGUAUUGCUGAUACACAGCUCGAUGGUCAUCCUGAAAGAGAUUCCUUGUCUGGUAAUGAAAGUUAUGGUCAUAUUAUGCAAAAUGAGAUUGAAGCACCUCAACAAGUUCACUUGGGUAAUGAUCCUAGGGAAGCCCCAUCUGAUCUGGAGUCAAGCUGCCAUGCACUUGUCACUUCUGCAACUGCUGCUCCUGAGCUGAGUGAUGCUCAUGUGGAUUCUGCAGCAGUGGAUGCUGAUGUUGACAUGAAUAGUGUUGAUAUUGCUGAAAAUGAAGUUGAGAACUCAGCUCCUGCUUCUGAUGGCAAUGAUUUGUCUUCUAGGAGGCAUGAAGAAGCUGAGCCUCAGACAGAGCAACCUAAUGCUAAUAAUGAGGCCUCCAGUGCUAAUGAAAUUGAUCCCACAUUUCUUGAAGCAUUGCCUGAGGAUCUUCGUGCUGAAGUCCUUGCUUCUCAGCAGAACCGUUCUGCCCCAGCUGCUUCCUAUACUCCCCCAGCUGCAGAAGAAAUAGAUCCUGAGUUUUUGGCUGCUCUUCCACCAGAUAUACAGGCUGAGGUUCUAGCCCAGCAGCGAGCACAGAGGAUUGCCCACUCUCAACCAGUUGGGCAGCCAGUAGAUAUGGAUAAUGCUUCGAUUAUAGCAACUUUCCCUCCUGAUUUACGUGAAGAGGUGCUUUUGACCUCAUCCGAAGCUGUUCUGUCUGCGCUUCCUUCAGCUUUACUUGCUGAAGCUCAAAUGCUACGGGACAGAGAGUUGAGUCGCUAUCGUGCUAGAGGGAGCCUUUUUGGUGGAAGCUACAGGCUUGGAGGGAGGAGGCUGCCAACUGAUAAUCAGACAAUUAUAGACAGAGCUGUUGGUGUUACUGUGGGUAGAAGGGUUAUUUCUACUACACCAGGCGGUUCAAAGGGUAAAGAUGUGGAGGGGACCCCGCUUCUGGACUCAGAAGCUCUGCGGGCACUUAUUCGCCUCCUGCAGCUUGCUCCGCCACUCAGCAAAGGCCUUCUUCAAAGGCUUAUGUUCAAUUUAUGCGCACAUAGUGUCACACGUGUUACCUUGGUUGGCCAUCUGCUCAACAUGAUUAAACCUGAAUCUGAAGGGCUUAGCGUAUCUGAUUGCAUGGCUACAUAUAGAUUACAUGGAUGUCAGUGGAACAUUGUUUACGCACAACCUUACUCUGCAAAUGGUCUACCUCCACUUGUAACACGGCGACUUCUUGAAAUCCUGACAUAUCUUGCUUCUAACCAUCCAUCUGUUGCGGAUCUUUUGAUCCAUUUCAAUCCUUCAGCUAGUUCAAACUGUUUGACAUUACAUCACAAUAAAGAGACAUCUCAAGAAAGUUCAACGCCGAACAUGAUGCAACCAUCUUCAGAGGGUUAUACACCUAUUCUAUUGUUUCUUAAGCUUCUAAAUAAACCCUUAUUUCUGCGGAGUCGCGUAUAUCUUGAGCAGGUGAUGUGUUUGCUGGAAGUAGUUGUUCACAAUGCUGCAUCCCAAAUUGAUUGUCCACCUCACUCUGCACAGAUAACUAACAGUUCAGAUAUUGAAUUAGUUGAUGGGACACCAUCUCAAACACAGGUGGAACCAUCUACUCUGGAACAAGGUCAUAUCCCGGAUAAUAACCAAAGCAGAGAUGUUGAGGUCCCACCAUCUUGUGCUAAACAGAAUGAUAAUGUGCAUGAAAUCCUUACUCAGCUUCCUGAUGCUGAGUUACAUAAUCUAUGCAAUAUUCUUGCACUUGAGGGUCUUCCAGAUAAAGUGUACUCACUUGCUGCGGAGGUGGUGAAACAAUUGACUAGUGUUGCAGCAUCGCAUCGGAAAUUCUUUUCCAUUGAGUUAGCUGGUGUUGCUCAGAGUUUAAGUUCUUCAGCAGUUGAGGAGCUUGUAACACUGAAGAACACUCAAAUGCUUGGGCUCAGUACUUGCUCUAUGGCUGGAGCUGCGAUCUUGCGGGUACUGCAAGUCCUAUCUACACUGACUUCGGGUGUGAUGGAUAGUAGAUAUGAAAAAGAUUUACGACAGGAAGAGCAGUCUAUUUUGUGGGAUCUGAAUGUCGGUCUUGAACCUUUGUGGCAAGAGUUAAGUGAUUGUAUAAGUGCCACAGAGGCAAAAUUUGUACACAAUUCAUCACUCGCUUCCCAUGCCCCAUUGAUGGAUGCUUUAGAAGUUGGUGCUUCAUCCUCUGGUUCAUCAUCGCUUCCUCCAGGCACUCAACGCUUGUUGCCGUUCAUAGAAUCAUUCUUUGUCCUAUGCGAGAAGCUUCAAACAAAUCAACCAGUUACACAAUCAGAUUACAGUGUUACUGCCCCCGAAGUAAAAGAAUCUGCUGGAAGUUCAUCUUCACCAUCACUGAAGACUGGUGGGAUCUGCAAUGUUACUUUUAUAAGGGUUGCAGAAAAGCAUCGACGGCUACUCAAUGUUUUCAUUCGACAAAAUCCAAGCUUACUGGAGAAGUCACUUUCUAUGAUGUUGAAAGUGCCAAGGCUGAUAGAUUUUGACAACAAACGUGCUUACUUCCGGUCGCGGAUCAGACAGCAGCAUGAUCAGCUUCUUUCAGCUCCUCUACGCAUUAGUGUUCGCAGGGCUUAUGUUUUGGAGGACUCAUAUAAUCAGUUGAGAUUACGUCGUACCCAGGAUCUCAAAGGUCGCUUGACUGUGCAAUUUCAAGGGGAAGAGGGCAUAGAUGCUGGAGGACUAACUAGGGAAUGGUACCAACUGCUCUCUAGAGUUAUUUUUGACAAAGGAGCUCUUCUCUUCACUACAGUUGGAAACAACGCGACUUUCCAGCCUAAUCCUAACUCUGUUUUUCAAACGGAGCACCUUUCUUACUUCAAGUUUGUUGGUCGAGUGGUUGCUAAAGCAUUAUUUGAUGGCCAAUUGUUGGAUGUCCACUUUACCCGUUCAUUUUACAAACAUAUCUUAGGUGCUAAAGUAACAUAUCAUGAUAUAGAGGCUAUUGAUCCUGAUUACUACAAGAAUUUGAAGUGGAUGCUGGAGAAUGAUGUAAGUGACCUUCCCGAUUUAACAUUCAGCAUGGAUCCUGAUGAGGAAAAGCAUAUUCUCUACGAGAAGACUGAGGUUACGGAUUAUGAGCUAAAACCGGGUGGAAGAAACAUCAGGGUUACUGAGGAAACAAAGCAAGAAUAUGUUGACCUUGUAGCGGAACAUAUACUGACCACUGCAAUUCGUCCUCAAAUUAAUGGUUUCCUUGAAGGCUUCACAGAGUUAGUUCCAAGGGAUCUAAUAUCGCUAUUCAAUGAUAAAGAACUUGAGCUGCUGAUCAGUGGUCUUCCUGAAAUUGACCUGGAUGAUCUGAAGGUUAACACGGAAUAUAUAGGAUAUUCAGCUGCAUCUCCUGUCAUCCAGUGGUUCUGGGAAGUUGUUAAAGCAUUCAGCAAGGAAGACAUGGCGAGACUACUGCAGUUUGUUACCGGAACAUCUAAGGUACCAUUGGAGGGUUUCAAAGCGCUACAAGGUAUUUCUGGCCCCCAGAGAUUUCAGAUUCACAAGGCGUAUGGAGCUCCAGACCGACUUCCAUCUGCUCAUACCUGCUUUAAUCAGUUGGAUUUACCGGAAUAUACCUCAAAGGAGCAAUUAGAAGAACGACUGCUUCUUGCCAUUCAUGAAGCUAGUGAAGGUUUCGGCUUUGGUUGA